AUGCAUUCCUUUUCUUCUCUUCUGACACUUGCUGUCGCUCUACCUGCGCUGGUCGCAGCUGAGCUUUCUGGCAAAGUCGGACCUACCACAUCUCAUGCCACCAAAGCUGCCGUGAAGACUUGCGAUAUCACCAAAUACGGUGCUGUCGCUGAUGGCAAAACUGAUAUUAGUACUGCUCUCAACAGUGCUUUCAAUGCUUGCAAGACUGGAGGUGUUGUUGUUAUCCCUACUGGCAAUUAUGCCAUGUCUCAGUGGGUCAAGUUAGCCAAUGGCAACAAUUGGGCUUUGCAACUUGAUGGUAUCAUCACCCGUACUGGUACUGAUGGUGGUAACAUGAUUAUGAUUGAGCACAGUGAUAACUUCGAGAUGUUCUCGUCUACUGGUAAAGGAGCCAUUCAAGGAAAUGGAUAUGAAUUCCACAAACAAGGCAGCAUCUCGGGCCCUAGAAUCUUGAGAUUGUGGGAUAUCACCAAUUUUUCUGUUCAUGAUGUUACUCUGGUCGACUCGCCUUCUUUCCACUUUUCCAUUGACACUUGCACGAAUGGUGAAGUUUACAACAUGGCUAUCCGUGGUGGCAAUGAAGGCGGUCUCGAUGGUAUUGACGUUUGGAGCAACAACAUCUGGGUUCACGAUGUCAUGGUCACCAACAAAGACGAAUGUGUUACAGUCAAAAGCCCUUCGAAGAACAUCCUCGUCGAAAACAUCUACUGCAACUGGUCUGGCGGCUGCGGUAUGGGUUCCUUCGGCACCGACACAGACGUCUCCCACAUCACCUACAGGAACGUCUACACCUGGUCCAGCAACCAAAUGUUCAUGCUCAAAUCCAACGGUGGCUCUGGCUCAGUCUCUAAUGUCGUACUCGAGAACUUCAUCGGUCAUGGAAAUGCCUACAGUUUAACUCUUGACGAAGCUUGGUCUUCAAUGAAGACAAUCGCUGGAAACGGUGUUCAACUUUCCAAUUUCCAGAUCUCGAAUUGGACGGGUACGGAGUCAAAGGGUUCUUCCCGCGGUCCCAUCAAAGUCGCUUGCGCGGCAAAAGCACCUUGCCACGAUAUCUCCAUCACUGACUUCAGCAUGUGGACUGAAUCAGGAAACUCACAAUUCUACUCGUGCGAGAAUGCGUACGGCAGCGGCUUUUGUCUCAAGUCUGGAACUAGCUAUGCGUCUUAUCCUGUUACUACGCAAUGGGUUAGCAAGGCUCCUGCUGGGUAUGCUGCUCCCACUAUGGCUGCGGAUCUAAAGACGGCGUUUGGAACUACGCAGAGUAUUCCUAUUCCUACUAUGCCGGCAAGCUUCUUCCCAGGUGUGUUGCCGAUUACUAAGUUGGCUGGUAGUAAGUAG